AUGAAUUUAAUCAAAGACAGCAUAAAUUAUGCCACAACAGAGUUGGGAAUUUAUUUUGUCAAUAUAGCAAUGAGCUAUGCUAUGAUGAUUGAGGGGGAGGAGGAGGAUGAAUUACCACUCGAUUUACAACAAGUAAUCUGCCAUUAUGCUAUUAGCAGCUCUGGCGAUAAUAAGUUUGCCCUAGUUGCUCUUACUGUGAAUAAGUCUUGGGCUUAUUUUGUUUGUCGAGUAUUAUACAGACACUAUUGUAUUAAGAACUAUCUUACAUUCGUUGGCUUUGUAAAAACGAUUACUUCGAUAAAUACUAUUUUACCAUAUGGCUUAUUUGUUCGAUCUAUUGACCUAACACCAGUAAAUAAAUAUGGUAUUGAUAUGAGAGCUCAUCGUCUUAUUCGUUGUUGUCCAAACAUCGUCAAAAUGACUUUAGGACAUCCAACAACAUUGAAAACAGAAACAAUACAAGAUAUAGCAAAAUACAAUACUAAAUUACAUACAUUAUCUAUGGGUGGACUUGAAUCAUUCCCAUUUAUGUUGGAUUGUGAUUUUUCUAGACUUCGAGAAUUACAACAUGUAGUACUUAAAACUACACCUCUUUUGUCAUCAGCAUUUAUGACUUUACCAAAAGAUAAACUAAAAUCGAUACGAUUGAUUCAGAUGGAUGCCAUUAAACCAGACGAGUUGUUAUUAUUUUGUCAGCUUCAUCCUAAUUUACAGUUACUUGCGAUUGAAAACUGUAAAGCACUCUUUACAGAAGAAUUAGGUGAAGUGUUAGCAAAAUUAUUGAUACCACACAAAUAUACUGCUUGCUCAAAAUUAAGGCAGAUUGAAUUAGUAGGACGUCAAGUUACAGAUGAGAGUUUAACUGCAUUCUUUAAAAAUAUUCCCCAAAGAACUCAAUUAUAUAAACUUAAGCUCUUUAAUACAUCAGUUACAUCAAAAUUUCUCAAUUCCGUCUUAUAUCCUAAUUCUUCUAUUCAAGUCGAAAAUUUAGAGCUUACUAAAUAA